UAAAUUUAGUCAACAUAGGCACGUAACCUAUCUACCACUAUCUUAAAGCUUAUAUCAUAAUUUGUACAACAAAACAUAAUUUUAUAUAAAAUAUUUAGGUAAAACUUAAAGACGUAGUAGAAUGACUCAAUUAAAGUUAUAUUAUGAUUUAAUAUCUCAACCAUCAAGAGCUAUUUACAUAUUUUUAAAAAAGAAUAACAUACUUUUCGAAGGAAAAACAUUGAAUUUAUUUCAAGGAGAUCAUUAUUCAUCAUCAUUUGAAUCUAUUAAUCCAUUCAAAAGGGUACCAGUUAUCGAUGACAAUGGAUUUAUUUUGACUGAAAGUGUUGCCAUCCUUCGUUAUAUAUGCCAAACUAGGCCAAAUAUACCAGAUCACUAUUUUCCUAAGGACUUAAAAUUACAAGCUCGUGUUGAUGAAUAUUUAGAAUGGCAGCAUACAAAUACUCGUAUUUGUUGUGCCAAUUAUGCUCGCCAAAAAGUAUUUGAUCCUUUAAUAACUGGGAAAUCACCUAAUGAAAAAUCAAUUUUUAAUCUUGAGAAGAAAAUGAUUAAUACUCUAAAUGAAUUGGAUCAAAUAUGGCUGAAAAAUAAACAAUUUUUAUGUGGAGAUACAUUAUCUAUAGCAGAUAUUCUGGCAACAUGUGAAAUUGAACAAACAAAAAUGUCUGGUUUUGAUCCAUUUGUUGGUCGUUCAGCAUUAUUACAAUGGAAAUUUCGUGUUCAAUCAUUUUUAAAUCCUUACUAUGAUGAAGCACAUAAUAUUAUUCAAGAAAUGUACUUAAAAUAUAAUAAAAUAGAAAAAAACUUACAAUCAAAUUUAUAACUAGAAAUAUUUAUAUGGGUGUGGAUAUUUAGCGAUUGUUUAAAAAAUGAAUAAUAAACCUCCCCUAUCAAAAAAAUGUUAAUGUUAUUUAUUGAAACAAUUGAUACUUUUAUUACAUUAUACAUUUAAUACUUAAAAUAUUAUAUUAAGAUAAUAUUAAGAA